UCAAACAAAAGUAUAUUCUCCGGCACCGAGAAUAUACCCCCUCCCGGCAAAUUCUUUUAAACUAAAAGUCAACACUUUUCUAGGUAAUGGACUUGUUCUUCCAUGGCAUACAAAUGCCGCCGCCGCCACUGGCCACUGCUUGAUCUCAUCGCGAUCGCUUUAUUCUGCCAUGGAGCAAAAUCCGAAAUGUCUUCCCCGCGGCAGGAAGAUCGGUGCUCCACCGAUGGUUUGCUCCGAGAAUUCGAGCACUGCGUGGCCUUGGGAGCGCAGGGUGCGUUCCUGGCGUGGAAUUUCUUCGCCCAAAACCAGAGCUUGGAUCUGGCGUUCUCGGGUGAGUCCCCGGGCUGGGCUGGAUGGGGCUACAAUCCAACCGGGGACAACAUGAUCGGCAGCAGCGCUCUCAUCGCCUUUGGAAACGCCACUGGAGCUCACCUCCAUCUCUACAGCAUCACCAGCGAGACCUACACGUACCGCUCGCUUCAUCCCUCCGCCUCCAAUUCCACCCCGGAUCUCCAGCUCGCGAGAACAAACUGGAUCAAAAUCUCUGGAGCGAGCAUCCAGUUCUCCGCCAGGAUCAAGUUCCGCUCCAAUUCCUCCAGGAUCUUCCACAUCUGGACGCGAGGAACAGGAGUCAACGGCGAUUCACCGCUGCCGCACAGUGUCACCCGAUCGAGCGAACUGCGAGGGCGAGGGACGCUCGAUCUCGCCAAUGGAACUGGCGUCCUUGGCAAGGCUCCAAGCCUGGCGCUUAAGAUCACACACGGAUUGCUCUGCGCCUCCUCGUGGGGAUUCCUUUUGCCGCUGGGAGCGAUCGCGGCGCGAUACCUCCGGCGAUUCGAUCCGGCCUGGUUCUAUGCCCACGAAUGCUGCCAGGGGCUAGGGUUCUUGCUGGGCACCGCCGGCUAUGGCAUCGGCCUGAGCCUGGGAGCCAAAUCUACGGGGAUCGAGUACACCACUCACCGCAGGAUCGGCAUCACCGUCUUCACCUUGGGAUCACUCCAAGCGAUCGCGUUCUUCCUCCGCGCCAAGAAGGAUCACAAGCUCCGCUGGCUGUGGAGCCUGUACCACCGAACCGUGGGCUACACCGUUAUCGCCCUGUCGAUCGCCAACGUCUUCGAGGGAUUAGACAUCUUCUCACCGGAGAGAGCGUGGAGAAGAGCCUACAUUGGCGUGAUCGCUGGGCUGGCCUCCAUGGCCGCCCUCCUGGAAAUCGCAAGAACUCUAAAACCCCAGCUAUUUGGCUGAUGGUUAACC